AUGGAUCAAUUAAAUCGAUUCGAGAAUUUUCACGAUUUUGAUUUUGGACUCAAAAUGGUAUAUCAAGAAGGCUAUGAGGAUAUUGAUCUCGCGGAAGAAGACAUUGAUUUACUGGCUAAUGAAUUUACUGGUGUUGACGAAGAUCUUGAAGAAGGAGCUCUUCAGGAUCAAAUGCAACUUCAAUUAAUGCUUCAACAACAAUACGCUCAAGAAAUACCUGAAGUCGUUAAAAAUUUCAUAAUAUAUUUUCAUCGUAACAUUCUUGAAAACAACGUCUACGAAUUACAUGGCAUAUACGAAAACUCUUUUAAUCGUCUAACGGAAAAAUUUUAUGCAAAAACGCCUUGGCCCGAGGCUGAUUAUAUUGCUCCGAUGGUCAACGAUGACCAAGUGUUUUUGACUUUGUAUCGCGAAUUAUAUUAUCGACACAUUUAUUCAAAACUUUCCCCUACCAUUGAACAUCGAUUCCAUUCUUAUGAGAAUUAUUGUGAUCUUUUUAAUUUUAUUUUGAAUUCGGAUGGACCUGUUAGUCUAGAACUUCCCAAUCAGUGGCUUUGGGAUAUUAUUGACGAAUUCAUUUAUCAAUUUCAAUCUUUUUGUAAUUAUCGUAAUCGUCUCAAGAACAAAACUGAUGAAGAAAUUGCUUUGUUGCGAGAAAAUAUACAGGUGUGGAGUUGUUAUAGCGUGUUGAACGUAUUAUAUUCACUUAUCACAAAAUCUAGAAUUACUGAACAAUUGCUCGUAAGCAAACUUGGUGGUGAUAUGAUUGAAGCCGCGGGAGAAUAUGGAUCACGUCCAUUAUAUAAGAUGCUUGGUUAUUUCAGUAUUAUUGGUCUUUUACGUGUCCAUUGUUUAUUGGGAGAUUAUACAUUAGCGCUCAAAAUGAUGGAUAAUAUUGAACUAAAUAAAAAGGCCUUAUUUGCGCGUGUUACCGCAUGCCACGUUACAACGUAUUAUUAUGUUGGGUUUGCAUAUAUGAUGAUGAGGAGAUACGCAGAUGCAAUCAGAGCAUUUUCGCACAUUCUCGUCUUUAUCGCAAGGACAAAGAUGUAUCACACUAGGUCUUAUCAGUUUGAUCAGAUCAACAAGAAAGGUGACCAAAUGUAUGCACUAUUGGCUAUAUGUAUUGCACUUUGUCCAACUCGUUUAGACGAAAGCAUUCAUACUCACUUAAAAGAAAAAUAUGGGGAUCAUUCGUCAAAGAUGCAACGAGGAUUAUAUACUACUAUGGGGAUUGAUAAGUUAGCAGCUUUUCUUGAAAUUGAAGCUGAGGAAUUAAGGACUCAGUUACUUAUUGUCAAACAAAAGUCACGACAACAAAAAUGGACUAGUGGCACCUUGCUUGAAGGUGAAUAUGUUACUACCUCGGAUUUGGACUUUUGUUUGAAACAGGAUAUGAUUCAUAUUGCUGAAUCUAAAGUUGGGCGACGUUACGGAGAUUGGUUCUUACGUAAUAUCAAUAAAUUUCAGGAUAUUCUUGCUGGAAUGAACCUUCGUAGUUAA